CAACUAAUGGCCGGAAUGGUCUUCCCCGUAUGUUCCAUAAACCCUAAUAGCAUUCAUUCAUUCAUUCUUGUUCCUUCAACACUAGCAAAUGCAAUGAAGCCCCUCAUGCACUAUCAACACCAAUCCCCACUAUGAAGAAUCCAAAUCCAAUCCAAGUUCUUUUCACCAAAACAUGUUGCUUUUUGCGCGCAACAUCGGUGGCAGGGCCUCACUCCGAGUAAGCUCCUUUCAUUCCUCACCCCUUCAAAACCCUUUUCCUCUUUUCCUCACUCCUUCAUCCCUCUCCUCUCAAAAUUCAAUUUUUGCUCGCCCCGUGAUUUGGUUCACCAGCUUUCUGUGUGUUAUAAGAUACCCCUUUGUCUCAAAACCUUCUUUUGAUGACAUUGCUUCCGAAUCAAUGCGUAGUUUCUUGCAGCAGGACGGUCCUCACUUGUCUGAUUCAGCAUUGGCACCCAUUUGGGUGUCUAAGGCUUUGGUGAAGCUGAAAGGGGACCCUAAAUCAGCCCUGAAGUUCUUCAAGGAGGCAGGGGCUCGUGCCGGGUUUCGCCAUGCCGCGGAGUCUUAUUGCGUUUUGGCUCACAUUUUGUUUUGUGGAAUGUUUUAUCUUGAUGCCAGAAGUGUCAUCAAAGAGUGGAUUUUGUUGGGGAGGGAGUUUCCGGGUUGUGAUUUCUUUGAUAUGUUGUGGUCUACUAGGAAUGUUUGUAGGCCUGGUUUUGGAGUGUUUGAUACUUUGUUUAAUGUUUUAGUGGAUUUGGGGAUGCUUGAGGAGGCUAGGCAAUGCUUUUGGAAGAUGAACAAGUUCAGGGUUCUACCAAAAGUGAGGUCUUGUAAUGAGCUUCUUCACAGGCUUUCAAAAUCAAGCAAAGGGGGAUUGGCAUUAAGUUUUUUCAAGGAUAUGGUUGUGGCUGGCCUCUCGCCCUCGGUUUUUACAUAUAAUAUGGUGAUAGGCUGUCUGGCCAGAGAAGGGGACUUAGAAGCUGCUAGGAGUUUAUUUGAAGAAAUGAAAGCUAAGGGUCUUAGGCCAGACAUUGUCACUUAUAAUUCUCUCAUUGAUGGGUAUGGAAAGGUAGGGAUGCUAACUGGAGCAGUUAGUGUAUUUGAGGAAAUGAAAGAUGCAGGAUGUGAACCAGAUGUGAUAACAUACAAUUCUCUUAUUAAUUGCUUCUGUAAAUUUGAAAGAAUUCCUCAAGCUUUUGAGUAUCUGCAUGGGAUGAAGCAAAGAGGGUUGCAACCAAAUGUUGUAACUUAUAGUACACUAAUUGAUGCAUUUUGCAAGGCAGGCAUGUUACUGGAAGCAAAUAAAUUUUUUGUUGACAUGAUACGUGUUGGUCUUCAACCCAACGAAUUUACGUAUACAUCUCUGAUCGAUGCAAAUUGUAAAAUAGGUGAUCUCAACGAAGCAUUUAAACUGGAAAGUGAGAUGCAGCAGGCUGGAGUUAACUUAAAUAUUGUCACCUACACUGCAUUACUGGAUGGUCUUUGUGAAGAUGGAAGAAUGAGAGAGGCAGAAGAAUUAUUUGGGGCAUUGUUGAAAGCUGGAUGGACUCUUAAUCAACAGAUUUAUACUUCCCUUUUUCAUGGAUAUAUCAAGGCUAAGAUGAUGGAGAAGGCCAUGGAUAUUUUAGAGGAAAUGAACAAGAAAAACUUGAAGCCAGACCUGUUGCUGUAUGGAACUAAAAUAUGGGGUCUUUGCAGACAAAAUGAAAUAGAAGAUUCUAUGGCUGUAAUUCGGGAGAUGAUGGAUUGUGGUCUGACUGCUAAUAGUUACAUAUAUACAACCCUUAUAGAUGCAUAUUUUAAGGUUGGGAAAACCACAGAAGCUGUUAAUCUAUUACAAGAGAUGCAGGAUUUGGGUAUCAAGAUAACAGUGGUAACAUAUGGUGUACUAAUUGAUGGUUUAUGCAAAAUAGGUUUAGUUCAACAGGCUGUUAGAUACUUUGACCACAUGACUAGAAAUGGUUUGCAACCUAAUAUUAUGAUUUACACUGCUCUGAUUGAUGGCCUUUGUAAAAAUGAUUGUCUUGAAGAAGCCAAGAACCUGUUCAAUGAGAUGCUGGAUAAGGGAAUCAGUCCAGAUAAAUUGGUUUAUACUUCUUUGAUUGAUGGGAACAUGAAGCAUGGAAAUCCUGGAGAAGCUUUGAGUUUGCGAAAUAGAAUGCUUGAAAUAGGUAUGGAGCUAGACCUGUGUGCUUAUACUUCACUGAUUUGGGGUUUUUCUCGUUAUGGCCAAGUACAGCUGGCAAAGUCGUUGCUAGAUGAGAUGCUCAGGAAAGGCAUUAUUCCUGAUCAAGUUCUCUGUAUUUGUCUAUUGAGAAAGUAUUAUGAACUAGGAGACAUCAAUGAGGCUCUGGCACUUCAUGAUGAUAUGGCGAGGAGGGGCCUAAUUUCUGGGACUAUUGACAUAACAGUUCCCUCUGUACACACUUGAGAGGAAAACAUGUUAUACAUACUUGGUCUCCUGUUCCUUAUUUUGGUGGCCUACAAUCUAGUUUACUUCAUUUUAUGCCAAAGUUCAAUAGCAUCAUUGAAAUGAAUUUGAUGCAUCAUUAGAUAAUGACAUCUGGCUGUUCCAAUUGAUGCUUUCUCAUUCUCAAGGCACUUGAAUUUUUUAUGAUGUAAAUCCUGCAGCUUCUGGGAUUUGUACAUCAAUAAUCAUGUUCUCAUUUGAUAAUCAAGACAACCAUAAUGUGAUGUUUUCCUGGCUUGAAAUCAACUUGGCUAAUAUUAUAACUAGGAAGCUCAUAAUUAUAGUGCCUUACUGCUGUUACCAAAUUGCACAAGCUUUGUGCUUCACAGUCAGGAACUGACUUUCACAGAACAGCAAAUCUUUAUUUGGCAGAUGUAGAGGAGUUCAGCCAUAGUGGGAUGCCCUUUUCACCACUGGGACAUGCAAGGUGUAUGAUACUUUCUUAGCAUUUUAUUAAAGGCAAUAAUGUUAACACAUGCAACCAUAGUGGUGAUCUCAAGUCCCUUUAUAGACCAGGCCCCUGUACAGAAACUUUCUCUGUUUUAUGAGAAAGCGGCUUCUCUUGUAAAAUCUUUCCUAGCCCUGUUGGACUAGCACCACUUUUCUGAUUCUAUCUAUGCAUUUCACAAUAUAAACGCUUACUAUUGAACAUUUUUUACACAGUUCAUACAUUUCCAAAGUAAUUUUUAUUUUGAUAAUAACUGGCACCACUGGCAUUGGUGUUAAGUACUCAUUCUUUCUUUAAUCUAACAAAUUGAUUUCAGUUUUAUUGCAUGGAGAUUAGAAUUUGAUGUGAGUUUUUCAUUGCUAACUCAAUAGGUAAGUCUGUCUAAGAUAAUUCCCCCCCUUAUUUCUGCCAAUUGUAAACCAACUACAUAUUUAAGCUAACAUGCUGAUAAUCAGCAGUACAUUAUCAUCAGGUUGUUCACUUGCUUGGAAGCUGAGGCGCUUUAUGCACCUGAUAUGUGUACUUCGCUUCAUGCAGGCAGGAGGCUGCUUCUAGAUGACAUGGAUCCAAGAGGUCUAGAGCUAGAAAUUUGUGAAUCAUUCCAAUGGGUGGAAAGUUUCAGGCUUAUCUUGUUCUCUCCCUAAUCUUGUAGCUAACAAAGACAAACAGUCUAAAAGAUCAGGUGUAUAUUUAUUUAUUGAUUGAUUGAUUUGGGCAAUAAAAUGUUUAGGGGAGAGAAGAGGUUGUCUCAUUUCAAGGUUACUAGAUUCAAGGAUGAUUUACUGUUGUACUAGCAAAAUAACUUACUGAUAUAAGAUCACCAGCAUUCUCAGGUGUUUUGACCAGCCUUUGUAUCACAAAGAAUAAACAACUAAAUGGGACAAUGUGCCAAAACAA